UCUUUACCGUAUGCGACAAAUUUGGCCUCGCUUGCCUCUUGUUAGACUAUGGCCGGCUGAAGUUGCUUCUACUGCACUGAACUGCUCCCAGUGAAACUGGGUGAGGAAUAUAGAGUCAAACUGGGCAAGAGCUUCACCUUCCCCAGGGAGAACGCCUAUCACACCAUCAAAUAUUAAAUUGACUGACAUUGAUGGCCACUGUAUCAGAUGACUUCAAGCCUCUGUCAGUGGAUCCCACAAAGCCUGGUAAACUGCGAGUGGCUGAUGAUGAAGUGAACGUACAACUACCAGGCUGAGUGGACUGAUGAUGUGGCCCAGUUCAGAGGACCCAAGAAGCCUGUCACUAAAAAGUGUGUGCUCAUCAUAGACACUGUGUCUGGGGAGGCAGUACUGGAGAGGAUCAGUAACAACAUCCAACUCAAGGCCAUCAGCAUACGCUCACCUUGUGUUCCAGUUUGGAAUGGCUGACGAGAACCAAGCCGCUUACAUUUAUUCAAGGACCAACACGGCUGUGCAGUACAUCAAAGCUGAACGGUUUUACGAUGGCUUCAAGAUUUUUGAUGCUCUGCUCAACGGAGAUCUGAUACCGUAUCCUACGUACUUGUACAACAUCACUGGAUCCACCAACUACUACAACAUUCUCAGGACCUCGCUAGCCUCCCCUGAUUUUAACUACUACGUUCCCUUCAUCAACACCACUGCAUGACAUCAGACGAGCCAUUCACGUCGGCAGUCUCAGCUAUGGCUCUCAGUCUGAGUUGUGGGAGAUGAUGUUGCCGGGUAUGUGAGAACAGUGAACAAGUUUAUGCAGGUGGUCGUGAGAGGGGGUGGGCACAUUCUCCCGUUUGACCAGCCGGAGAGAGCACUCAACCUCAUCCAGAACUUUGUGAACAUGCAAUUGUGCUUCAAGUAUAAAGAUAAAAACUGUAUUUAGUUCUAGAAUCUAUAAUUUUAGUAGUGUAAUUUAAUAGUGUUGUUUUAAAGAAUUGAAGAGAAGAUUAUAAUUAUUUUUAUGCCAAAUCAA